UUCAUUUUAACCACAGUCUACAGUUGAGCUUUACUAGAAAUUAUUUGUGAAUAAUUUGGGAAACCACCUCCAUCUAAGCAUCAUGUUUUCUUUCUGUUAGCGUGGUCAUCCCAAACGUCUGCCAAUGGAGAUUGGCCUGAUGCUCAUGGCCAACAAUGGCCCCAGCGUUUCCCAGAUCAUUAAGCUGCUUGACUGGGAGGAUGACACAGAUCACUACGUGAUAGUCAUGGAGCGACCAGUGCCUUGCGUGGAUUUGUUUACUUUUGUGGAUGAUGAAGAAAAGCUUGACGAGGGGAUUGCUAGAAAUAUUAUGCGGCAGAUCAUUGAUGCGGCUAAAACUUGCUGUGAUCGUGGCGUCUUCCAUCGUGAUAUAAAACUGGAGAACAUCUUGGUGAACCAGGACACCAUGGAGGUCAAAUUAAUUGACUUCGGCUGCGGUGCAGUCAUGAAGAGAUCUGCCUUCAAAUCCUUUUGUGGCACGAAAGAGUACUGUCCACCUGAGUUCAACUUGAAGGGCAGGUACAAAGCAAAGCCAACCACAGUGUGGACACUAGGGUUCAUCUUGUUUGAAAUGCUGUGCGGGGAUUGCCCUACAUCCAUCGAUCGACACAAGAUCACUGUGAACCUCUAG